AUGGAGAGCGGCCCCGAGAGCCUGCAAUCGCUAGAACACGGAGUGGCCGCCGGGCCAGCGCCAGGGACAGGUUCUCCGCAGGAAGGGCAGAAAGAGACCAGGCUCGCCGCUGGGGAUGGUCCUGGAGUAUGGGCGGCGGAGAGCACCGGCGGGAAGGGGCAGGGGGCGGCGGCCGCCGGGAGGAGCCUCUCGGACUCGGCUUCUCCCGCAGGCUCUCCUCAGGUUCUGGUACCCUGCAGCUCGCUCCCGAGCUUGGACUUGAAGGAGAGCGAUUUGGAGAGUCCUGCUGCCCAGAAGGAGCCUGUAAGAGGGCAGCACAAGGUGACCGCCUCCCCGGAGACAGCCGAGGCCGGAGCUGACCAUGGGCUGGGUCCAGCGGGAGACGGGGCCGCCCGCCCGGAUCCCGCCGGCACCUGCCAGGAAGAGUCGGCGGCCGCGGGCUCUUCGGAGCCCAGCAGCGGCGGCGGCCUCAGCAGCAGUUGCAGCGACCCGAGCCCUCCUGGGGAAUCGCCGAGCCUGGACUCCCUGGAGUCGUUCUCUAACCUACAUUCUUUCCCCAGUAGCUCCGAGUUUAAUAGUGAGGAAGGAGCUGAGAACAGGGUCCCCGAGGAAGAGGAGGGCGCGGCGGUGUUGCCCGGGGCUGUGCCUCUGUGUGGAGAGGAGGAGGUGGAGGAGGAGGAAGGGGAGACAGCCCAGGUGCUGGCGGCCUCCAAGGAACGCUUCCCGGGACAGUCUGUCUAUCAUAUCAAGUGGAUCCAGUGGAAGGAAGAGAACACACCUAUCAUCACCCAGAAUGAGAAUGGCCCCUGCCCUUUACUGGCCAUCCUCAAUGUUUUGCUUCUGGCCUGGAAGGUGAAACUUCCACCGAUGAUGGAAAUCAUAACUGCUGAACAGCUGAUGGAAUAUUUAGGAGAUUACAUGCUUGAUACAAAGCCAAAAGAAAUUUCAGAAAUUCAGCGUUUAAACUAUGAGCAGAAUAUGAGUGAUGCUAUGGCAGUAUUGCACAAACUACAGACAGGCUUGGAUGUAAAUGUAAAAUUCACUGGUGUUCGAGUGUUUGAAUAUACACCAGAAUGCAUAGUAUUUGAUCUUCUUGAUAUUCCUUUGUAUCAUGGAUGGUUAGUGGACCCUCAGAUUGAUGACAUUGUAAAAGCUGUUGGUAACUGCAGCUACAACCAGCUAGUGGAGAAGAUCAUCUCUUGUAAGCAGUCAGAAAAUAGUGAGCUGGUUAGUGAAGGCUUUGUAGCUGAGCAGUUUCUAAAUAACACAGCCACUCAACUGACAUACCAUGGAUUAUGUGAACUAACUUCAACGGUUCAGGAAGGAGAACUUUGUGUAUUCUUUCGGAAUAAUCAUUUUAGCACCAUGACCAAAUACAAGGGUCUACUAUAUUUGUUGGUAACAGACCAAGGAUUUCUCACUGAAGAAAAAGUUGUUUGGGAAAGCCUGCACAAUGUUGAUGGUGAUGGAAAUUUCUGUGACUCAGAAUUUCAUCUGCGGCCUCCUUCAGAUCCUGAAACUGUAUACAGAGGACAACAAGAUCAGAUAGAUCAGGACUAUCUUAUGGCUUUAUCUUUACAACAAGAACAGCAGAGCCAAGAGAUCAAUUGGGAACAAAUACCUGAAGGAAUCAGUGAUUUGGAACUAGCAAAGAAACUCCAAGAAGAAGAGGAUCGACGAGCUUCUCAAUAUUACCAGGAACAGGAACAAGCUGCAGCAGCUGCUGCUUCUGCUUCCGCUUCUGCUUCCGCUUCUGCUUCUGCUUCUACACAGGCCCCGCAAAGCCAGCCAACGCAAGCCUCUCCGUCAAGUGGCAGACAAUCUGGAAACAGUGAACGUAAACGAAAGGAACCACGAGAAAAAGAUAAAGAAAAGGAAAAGGAGAAAAAUAGCUGUGUCAUUUUGUAA